AUGCGUCAGCGCAACCUCCCGGCCUCCUUCUUCAAGCCGCCCGACGGCGCCCACAGCGCCUCCCACUCACGCGAGUCCAGUCUCGACGCCUCCUUCUCGCCCCCUCUCUCGCAGCCGUCCGCCACGGGUUCGCCGCUCAGUCCGGCGUCACCCCAACAGCAGACCCUUCAGCAGAUGUCUGCCCUCCCGACUGGUCUCACGAUAAGCCAUCCGAGAGCCCACUCGUCUCCGGCGUCUCUCCAGCAGACUCUAGCCGUGUCUGCGGCCAUGGCUUCGGGCCAACAGCCCAUUCAUAUGCGGAACUACUCGUACGACAUCGACUCGAUCCCACUGCCCGAGGGCUGGCAGAUGAGUAAGACUGAGUCCGGCGAAUGCUAUUUCAUUAACCACAACAAUAAGACCACUCAAUGGGAGGACCCGCGCAAGAAGCAGAUCCAGCAGCAGCUCCAACAACAAACACAACCCAGACUUGUGGUCGUCUCGCAAACCAAUAACAACACCAAUAAUGCCAUUAAUAACACGAACGCCGGUUCGGCAACUAAUCUGUCCUCCAGUUUGGGUCCCUUUCCUAAGGGCUGGGAUUCGGCCCGAACUGAGAACGGAGACGUCUAUUACAUCAGUCAUAUCGAGUGUAGGACCACUUGGAUCGACCCCCGACUGCCUCCCUCUCAACAACAAAGUAGAGCUCAACUGCACAACGGACGGACACCUCCGCCGCCAUUCGUCGCAAACACAGUACCGCCGAGUCUUGUGGCGGCGCUCCAGAACAUGAACACAUCGGGCAGUAACUCGACUACCGAUGCCCUGCGCCUCCAACAGCAACAACAACAACAACAUCAGCGCACUCUUCUCAACCUGGAGUUAGAGCGCCAAAAGUUGCGCCAAAGACAGAGCGAGAUCCUCUCGAAGCCAUCAUCUCUUGUCGACAACUCAACCGGCAUUCGGUUGGCCAGCACUGGGAUCGACCCGUUCUUAAGCGGCAACAACAGUGCCUUCAAUAAUGAUUGCCACUCGAGACAAGAGAGCGCCGACUCGGGCUUAGGGUUGGGCUCUAACUAUAGUCUUCCGCACACUCCCGAAGACUUCCUCAACAUUGAGGACGCGCUCAAUACAGGAGACGACACCAAUAACAUGAGCCGCAGCAACGACUUAGGUCUCGAGGGGCUGGCAGUGGGUAACCUGGACCUCGUGCCCGAGAACAUGGAGUCGGACGACUUGGUGCCCACUCUGACCGACUUCGGCACCGACAUCCUGUCUAUCGUCGAGGAACAGCUCGAGAACAACAGGGAUAACAUAAUGACUUGGCUUUGA